GGCAAAGCUGGCGUCGAUUGCACGCUGUGCUCGCACACCGGCCGUUCAACAGCUGCGCUAUGCCUCCCUCUUCAAGCAGUUGGUGGACAAGACGCGCCCAAGCAUCAAGGAGAUGGACCCAAAGGAGGCGUGGGAGAACCGGGACAAGUUCACGUUUGUUGAUGUCCGCGAGGACAGGGAAUGGAUGUCAAAGGGUGUGCUUGGCGUUGACAAGUUGUAUCUGGUGGAGCGCGGUGUACUUGAGCGUGAGCUGCCCAAAUGUGUCCCCGACACGAGCACUCCCCUCAUGGUGUACUGUGCCGGUGCCAUGCGAAGCGUCCUCGCUACUCGAUCUCUCAACGAGCUGGGGUACACGGAUGUGACGUCGCUCAACGGUGGCUUUGACGGCUGGAAGGAGGAGAACCUGCCUCUCAAGUCGUACGAUGAAUGGCGCGCCUGCCAAGAUGGCAAGGACGAGUAGUGUAACUCCAGGCCCCAGCAGCAUCCAAACGGCUCCAAGCAUUUUGCUCCAACACCACUUGCUCACGUCCUUUGCUCAAGCCCCCCCCCCCAACACACACGUCUCCAUCUCCCCCAAAGUCUUUGGCCUCGUCUUGAUACGCGGUGCACUGCCCUCGCUGACUAAUGUAUUCACAGCCCGCACCCUUUGUGCCUCAUGGUGUCGUGUGCACAUGUGUUGUGCAUCUUGGGCAGUGAUCUGAUCUUCGUGAUAGGUGUCAUGUGACAAUGUGGUGACAAUGGGAGUUGAAGCGGUGAUGGUGCACGGGUCACUCGCGAUUGUCAUUGCCGCUGCUGUGGUUUAAUGAGGAAGGAUGCCGACACAAUACACAACGCACCAAACAGUCGUGUCGCUCAGCACAAACAGGACAACUCACAUCCAAGCACAACACAGCAUCGGCAUCAUCAACGCCAUCAGACUUCAUUCAAGGGCGAGUGGCAGCA